AGAAGAAGUGGUCUCUGCUGUCAGGCUCCAAAGAGGAAGAAAACAUCCAGUUGUUCUCCGGAGCAGGGACUGGUGCAGCAGCCUGUGUUGAAGUGGCUCAGUAAUGAGGCGGGUUUGAGAGCCGAGUCGGUACCAUGGUGUGUCCGGAGUAGCUCCAGAACCGACUGAUAGCACAGAAACUCAGUGCUGCUCCACUUUCCUCCGGUCCGACCGUUGAAACGCGGUGUGAAUGAGUGACGUGGUGCCUCCCACAGCUCUUAGUGAAGUCCAGCUCCGCUUCCUUUGUCACGAUGACAUAGACAACGUCAAACUGCUCUGUGGUGACUGGUUCCCCAUCGAGUAUCCAGACUCAUGGUAUCAAGACAUCACCUCCAACAAGAAAUUCUUCUCCCUCGCUGCCACCUUCAGAGGAAGCAUCGUGGGGAUGAUCGUGGCCGAGAUCAAGAGCCGGACCAAAGUACACAAGGAGGAUGGAGACAUCCUGGCCUCCAGUUUUCCUGUGGAGACGCAGGUGGCCUACAUCCUCAGCCUAGGAGUGGUCAAAGAGUUCAGGAAACACGGCAUUGGCUCCCUGCUGCUGGACAGCCUGAAGGAGCACAUCUCAACCGUCGCUCAGGACCACUGCAAGGCAAUCUACCUGCACGUCCUCACCACCAACAACACUGCCAUCCACUUCUAUGAGAACAGGGACUUCAGGCAGCACCACUACCUUCCCUACUACUACUCCAUACGCGGCGUCCUCAAAGACGGAUUCACCUACGUGCUCUACAUCAACGGCGGCCAUCCGCCCUGGACAAUAUUUGACUACAUCCAGCACAUCGGUUCUACUCUGGCCAGCCUGAGCCCCUGCUCCAUCCCUCAGAGGUUGUACCGCCAGGCCCAGUCGCUGCUGCGCUCGCUGCUCCCCUGGUCCAACAUCGCUUCAAAAACCGGCAUCCAGUACAGCAGGACCAUGUGACGCGGAACAACCAACGGCGCCUCCGUUCUGCCGGCUGCCUGAGCCUCUUUGUCUGUUUUUAAUGUCAUGUUUUUUAUUUUUAGGAGCCUCCGUCAGUCUUCCCCUGUACAGACCAAGUUCACCACAUUCUUUCU